AUGAGGCUAUUGGCAAAAUCACUCCGGAGGCCCCUGGCGCCCUCAGCGUCUUCAGCGAUAGCCAGGGCGUCGGGGAGGCGCCAUCUGACCAACAAUGGCUUUUUUCGUGUCUCGGACGAAGUGCGCGAAGCUGUGAAUUCCAACAAGCCCGUCGUCGCGCUCGAGACGACCAUCUACACCCAUGGCUUCCCCUAUCCCGACAAUGUAGCCCUUGCCUCCCUUCUCGAAAGCGUCGUCCGAGCGCAAGGCGGCAUCCCAGCCACGAUAGGCAUCUUGGAUGGCGUGGCACGCGUGGGCUUGGAUCCAGAGGAGCUCAUAAGACUGGCUUCUUCGGCUGGGCAGGCAAACACGUUGAAGCUCUCACGCAGAGACCUGGGCUAUGUGUGUGGCACGCGACUAACCAACAAGUCCUUCAAUGGCGGCACCACCAUAUCUGGGACCAUGCUGCUGGCGCACCUCGCGGGUAUCAAGAUUUUCGGUACAGGCGGGCUUGGUGGUGUCCACCGCGGCGCCGAGUCGAGCAUGGACAUCUCGGCCGAUUUGACGGAGCUGGGUAGAACACCAGUCACAGUGGUUUCCAGUGGCUGCAAGAGCUUUCUGGACAUCCCGCGAACAAUAGAGUACCUUGAGACUGAGGGCGUGGGCGUGGGCACAUUUGCCGACGGACGCGCCGGAAAUGUAGACUUUCCCGCCUUUUGGUCCAGAGACAGUGGAGUCAAGAGUCCCGUGACUAUCGCAGAUGAAAUUGAAGCUGCUGCUGUUAUACAUGCACAACACACACUCCAAAUCUCUUCUGGUCUCCUUUUUGCCAACCCUGUCCCGACAGAGUUUGCCAUACCCAAGGAAGAAAUGGACAUUGUCAUCGAGGAGGCUCUGCGACAGGCCAAUGCCGCAAACAUCUCAGGCAAAGACAACACGCCCUUUGUGCUGGCCAAGAUCAAGGAGCUUACCAAGGGCAAGUCGAUCCCUGCCAACAGGGCGCUCAUCGAAUCCAACGUCAAGCGGGCCGCCAUUGUAGCACGAGAACUCGCCGUUCUAGAAGCGAAACAACAAGAAGCCCAAGGACCUACUUCUUACUUUACACCUGUUCAGUCCAGUCCGGCGUCUACCGCAGAAGAGCGGCUACGCAAUGCAUCUCUAUCACCAUCUGAGUCCCCUUCUACCCCUGCUGCCACCAGUAUAUCAUCUCACCCUGAAAUGCAGCAAGAUGCCGAUGUUGUCGUUGCAGGCGCUCUUGCAGUAGACUUUUCGUGUGAUUUUGCUCCCUUGACAACGUCUGCUAGCCAGACGGACCCAUCUCCACAUACAUCUAAUCCUGCCAUCAUCACACAGACACUCGGAGGUGUAGCUCACAACAUUGCAAAAGCCGCUCAUCUGCUCGGUUCAUCUGUCCGCCUGCACAGUGCCGUGGGCGACGACCUGAGUGGCCGAGCAGCCAUCAGCCAACUGCAAGACGAAGGCAUGUCAGUUGCUGGCAUCAAAACACUACCAGCUCCAUCCCGGACCGCACAAUACGUCGCCAUCAACAACACCAACAAAGAUCUCGCCCUCGCCAUGGCCGACAUGUCGAUUCUAGAAACAAUGUCUGACGACACAAUCCGCCAACUUGCCAACCACGUCUUCACGCAAACGUCUUGCCCGCCAAAAGCCUUCGUCGCAGACGCAAACUGGUCCUCGUCUGCACUGCACACUUGGCUCCAAGCCGCGCGCGACACCAAAACCACUACAAUCUUCGAGCCGGUAUCGACAGCCAAAGCCCUGCGCAUCUUCCCGCCGACAGGAGCUCCCUCGGUGUUCCCCACGCCCCUCGCAGACAUCACAACGCCCAACACAUACGAGCUCGCCGCUCUGCACGACCACGCACAGCAAGCUUCAUACUUUGACCACCCCUCCUGGUUCGCCGUCAUCGACGCCCUCGGCAUCCCCAACGCAGGUCUCCGCGUUCCACUCGCCCUCGCCGCAGGCAGCGCCCUUGUCGACCAGGGCAUUCCACAGCAAGCCAUCAAGCUCCUCCCCUUCUUCCCUACCAUCCUGACUAAACUGGGGCCUGACGGCGUGCUCAUGACCAAGCUACUUGGCGCUGAUGCCCCAGAACUGCAUCUAGAUGCCGAGCGCCCGUUUGUCCUAGCACGGAACAUGCGUCCUGCUACUGGUGCUGCGGUAGGCGGCCUAUACGUCCGCUGUUUCCCCGUUGAAAAAGUCCUCGCGCCGCAUGAAGUCCAGAGUGUAAAUGGCAUCGGAGACACGUUUUGCGGCGCCCUCGCCCAUGGAAUCGCCCGCGCACAACGUGUCCAGGAUCUCGUGCCGUUUGCGCAGCGAGCUGCAAGCUUGAGUCUGCAGAGCCGUGAGGCGGUUAGUGCCGAGUUGAGGGGGUUGAGGGGGCUGCUUGGGAGGACUUGA